AGCAUCAGCAUUUGCCGUCGAGGAGUUUGAAAAGGUUUUAUCGGAAUUCGACAUGCAGGAUUUCACACCAGAAGCAGGACAGUCUCAAGAGCCUGAGACCAGUAUAUCAACUUCACCAGAGAAGACAUCACCAGAUUUAACCGUGGUUGAUUUCAUACCUGUUUCCGCUUCUGUGACAGAUGCCACUGAAGAUAUGUUAGAAAAGGAGACUAUUUCUGAUUUAGCUGCUGAAUCCAUAUCAGUUUCAACUUUAGAGGUGGAUUCAGUCGCUCCAUCAUUAACAUCCGCUCCUGACCCACAUUCAGCCCCAGAUUCAGCUCUGACGGAGGCAUCAGAGACACACACAGCUCUGGAAACAAAAGGAGCACAUGCUGGAGAGUCAUUGUCAGGUUCUGCCGUUCAAUUGACCAGCAUGUCUGAUUCAGAUGGGACGUACAUGAUCCCAGAUGCAGAUUGGGUGACAGGGAGAGAUGCUCUUCUUGCGGAUUUGGAGUCCACAACCUCCCACAUUUCCAAACAAGCUGUUUUUCUGCCAGAAGAGACGCCAUAUUCCUGCCCCACAGGAAGUGACUCUUAUCAGGACGUGUCUUCCCCACCUCGAGUAACUUCCCCUCCUGCUGAAACACUGAAUGGAUCUUGGGUAGAAAAGCCAGAAUCAAAGCACUCAUCAACCCAGUCUUUCAGCUCGGCUCCGAAAAGCACCAGUCCUCGCGUGUCACAGACCGAAGAAGAGCACGUCUAUAGUUUCCCCAACAAGCAGAAGACUACUGAUUCUCCCACUGCCGUCAUGAGCUCAUCACUGGGCAGUAACCUGUCAGAGCUGGACCGUCUGCUGCUGGAGCUCAACGCCGUACAGCACAGCACACCCUCCUUCGCUACUGAAGAGACCUACCCACCCAAACCAGCCAGCAACGCCCAGCGCUAUGUCCCAGAAAACGGUGUUUCAUCAGUAGUGAAAGCACCUCCUCCCAAGAUAGAAAAACCCAAACGUAGUGCACCCGGUCGGGGGAUAGAAGAUGUCAGACCCAGUGUGGAGAGCCUGUUAAGUGAUUUGGAGAGCUCCGUGCCGGCCCCUGCACCCGCCCCAUCAGUGCCGAUGGUUCCUGAGUUGAGAGAAGCUCAGGAAGAGACCCCCACCCAGCAACAGGCCAGAAUCUCAGCCUCCUCAGCCACGCGAGAACUCGACGAACUCAUGGCUUCACUGUCUGACUUCAAAGUUCAGAGUAAUAUUAUGGCUCAGGGCAAGAGUUCCCCCACCAGCGUCCCGAAGCAGGGGAAUAAACUGGAUAAUAUGUUGGGCAGCCUGCAGUCAGACCUCAACCGCCUGGGUGUCCAGACUGUAGCCAAAGGUGUUUGUGGAGCCUGCAAGAAACCAAUCGCUGGCCAGGUGGUGACAGCAAUGGGUCGGACGUGGCAUCCGGAACAUUUCGUGUGUACUCACUGUCAGGAGGAAAUAGGUUCCAAAAACUUCUUUGAGCGAGACGGCCAGCCGUACUGUGAAAAGGACUACCACAGCCUCUUCUCUCCACGCUGUUACUACUGCAACGGACCCAUCCUGGACAGGGUGGUGACCGCAUUAGACAGGACCUGGCAUCCAGAGCAUUUCUUUUGUGCCCAGUGCGGGUCAUUCUUUGGGCCUGAGGGUUUCCAUGAGAAGGAAGGAAAGGCAUUCUGUAGGAAGGACUACUUUGACAUGUUUGCCCCUAAAUGUGGCGGCUGUGCCCGUGCCAUCCUGGAGAACUACAUUUCGGCCCUCAACUCUCUCUGGCACCCAGAGUGUUUUGUCUGCAGGGAGUGUUUCACUCCAUUUGUGAAUGGCAGUUUCUUCGAGCAUGAAGGGCAGCCCUACUGUGAGGCUCAUUACCACGAGCGCCGCGGCUCCCUCUGCUCCGGCUGUCAGAAACCCAUUACCGGCCGCUGCAUCACUGCCAUGGGCAAGAAGUUUCACCCCGAGCAUUUCGUCUGCGCCUUCUGCCUUAAACAGCUGAACAAGGGCACAUUCAAAGAGCAGAAUGACAAACCUUACUGCCAAAGCUGCUUUGUCAAGCUCUUCAGCUAGAGUCUGAUAGUGUUAAAAGUGUGUGUUUGAGCACGUGCGCCAAUAUCAGAGUCCCGAGGGUCGAGUUUUAAAAUUGUGUCAUCUUGUGGUGAUAGUGAGCAUUACACCAGCUUGUUCCUGUGCCAAAGCACUGUCAGACAAGUGUAGAUCUUCAGGGAGGCCAUUAUGAUUUUUAACAGCCUUUUUAAAGAUCCAGAUGUUAUCAGAGACUAGGUCUUUAAAUUGCGUGGAGCUAUUUUAGAUAUUAUCGACUGCAUUGGACAAAUCAAGAUCUAUUUUUGUACUUGUUACACACACAUUGAGCUUAACUUGAACAUACACAUCUCUUUGCACAUUUCAUACUAAAACCCUGUUCUGUUUCUUGCUGCUUUCUAGGGUAACGACACACUCUGCUCUUUUAUUUUGCUUCUUUUCCUCCAUUGGCCAUAUCAGGUUUUCUCAAAGGUGCAAUAACAGCUUGGUAUCAUCAAAAUCUCAAUGCCAUAUUCUGUAUAUUUUUAUAAUUUUUGGUACUCGAGUUUUGUCAGCCCUGAUCUUAUGGUGCAUGCAUUUCUCUGUCUGAUCACUUUAUAAAGUGUGCUCUUUUUUUUUUUUUUCUUUUUUUUUUUUUUGAUGAUGAUUGUUUCUAUUUUUAUAUUCAUGGGUGGUUUCUGUUUUUCUGGAUGGCUGGAGUGGUUUGAGCUUCCAUCCUUAUGCCUUUAUGAGAGUUUGACUGUGGAACAGAAUCACUUCUGCUGUUAUAAUACUUAUUUCAUUCUUAUGAAAAGCCUUCUUAAAGAUACCAGUUUGGGCUCAGAUGCCCAUUUCUUGAGUUUGUGGCGUUCCACAUUGUGCCUAUUGCCACCGGGCAUAAUGUGCGAUUUACUUACAUGUUUGUUGUCUUAAGUUCUUGUAUGUAAUAAGUUUUAAUAAUUUUGUGAUAUGCAUUUUUUCCCCUUUUCCAUUUAUAUGAUUUCCUACUGUAUGCAAGUAAAUAUAUUAAAGUCUUAUGAAUUAUAAUUGAUGGCAAAAGCUUUACAAACUUUUUUUCCCCGUUUUAGUAAUUUAAAGAUUUUCUUCUUCAGAGUGAUGUCAUAUUUUUUUCUAAAUUGAAUUAUGACAUGCACAUUGUAUUUAAAACAUUGGGUCUAAAUGAAUUGUACAAGGCAUUGAAUAAAUAGCAGGAUCUCA